GCAUCUCUGUUCCAGGUUUUUACUCACACGUUGUUCCUGCCGAUUCGUAAUAAAGCUAGAAAUUAUUUUCUUGAAAUUUGUUGCAUUUAUUUGAUAGAAACAGGAAAAAAUGGGCAAGAGUAAAAAAGCUUUCAUCGAUCGCAAAAAUGCCUUGACGUUUCAUUUGGUUCACAGAAGUCAACAUGAUCCGUUGGUGGUCGACGAUACUGCGCCCCAACGUGUACUAGUGGAGGCGGUAUCUCAAAAGCAUACAAAAACAUCUACCGACCCAGUUGAUCCUGCUAAACGUCAAGAGGAGCAACAGAAAUUUGGUAUAUUCUUUGACGACGACUACGACUAUCUACAACAUAUGAAGAAGCCAGAGCAGGAAGUUGUUUGGGAAUAUGUAGAAAACCCAAAUCACGCGCGGAAAAGAAUUGAGGAAGGUCGCGUUACCACUGCACCCAAAUUAGCGCUGCCAAGCUCGGUAUUUGCCUCUGAAUUUGAAGAGGAUGAAGGAAUGCUAAACAGGGCUGCAGUAGUUACCGGACCACGACCUGACUGGGAUCCCGAUGUAGUUGCGGCGUUGGAUGAAGAUUUUGAUUUUGAUAAUGAAGAUAACUUGCUUGAAGACGACUUCGUGCUGAAGGCAAUGGCUGAAGGUGAUGACGAGGAUGAGGAUUAUGAUGAAGAUGAAUUAUCUGAUGUUGAAGAAGAUGACCAAGAAGACUUUGAUUCAGACGAUCUAAACGAAACUGAUGAUCAGGAAUUAAUGGAUCGCCUGGGACCAUUGUUGCGUGAACGUCGUUUCGAUGACGAAGAAACAAAGUCCCGCUUCACUGAGUACUCUAUGUCCUCAAGCGUUAUAAGACGCAAUGAACAGUUGACACUGUUAGAUGACCGUUUUGAACAUUUCUAUGCAACUUACGAUGAUCCAGAAUUGGGUGAUUUAGCGUGUGAAGAAAUUGAAGGUGACUGGGAUCAGAAACACCGCGUACUAAUGGCUUGUUACAGGGAACACAAACGAGGCAAAAAAGUCGAGGCAUACAAUAAAGAGUGGGAUCGCGAACGUGUCGAAAGAUAUCGCAAUAUUGCGGAGGGGGAAGAAGACCCAAAUGACGAGCUAGUGGAAAUGGAAAUGAAUGACGAUAAGCAGAAAAAAUGGGAUUGUGAAUCCGUGCUUUCCACUUAUUCCAAUAUAUACAAUCAUCCUAAACUCAUCGAAGAGCCAACACGUAGAAGUCGUCGCAGCAGUAAGGCUGAUUCAAAUGAGGGAGUAAAUAAAAUAGAAAUUGAUCCAAAAACUGGAUUGCCUACAAAUGUUUUAAGAAAUGGUGAUAAUAAUCAACUUACUGAGAAAGCGCUAUCAAAACUUGAUAAAGGCAUGAUUUCGAAUGGCCCGAAAUCGCUAUGCAAUAAGUCUCUUAUAUCUACUUUAAGUGUACUAUCUAUCAGACCUAAAGAUGAAGCGCCGGAAGAAAAACGGGAACGCAAACGGCUACUGAAGGAAUAUCGCAUGGAACGACGUAUCGAGCGGAAGGCAAACGCACAGGCUUUUAAGGAGGAGAAGAAACGGCAAACGCAUGUAAAAAUCAAUCAAAAUUGUAAUCAACAGGGUAAACAAAUUGUUUAAUUUUGAAAUUAAUGUGAAAAAACAAUACAAAAAAUGUAUUAUAAAUGUAUUCUCAUAGCAAAUGGUUGAGUUAGAAAUUCGUUUUGCCCAGUAAUUUUUUAGGACUCGCGUUUAAAGUUUUCAAUUUGCCCUUACGCGAAAACUACCCACCUUAAAAGGCGAAAUUCGUAUUGUACCUAAUAAACAAAAUAAAAUUGAUCGUGCAGUUCUAAUUUCACACAAUAUCGUCAGUUAAUGCCCUUUCUAACGGUAUACAAUAAAUUUCUUUUGAAGCAAAUAGAGUUA